GCACUGAUUACACGGUGCUGCCGACAGUCCUCCCACCGACCAUGAAGCUGAAUCAUAGACCGAUUCUUCUCCUGCUUUUGGGACUCACUGUCACUUCAGGAGCGGCCACUUCUCCUUGCACUUUUACCGAAGAUUGGACCCGCUGUGUGUGCGACAUCAUGGGCCUCCACAACCCGCAAAGUCUGAUUUGCAUGGACGCUUUGGAGCUGGAGCUGAGAGACAGCAGACUGGAAUUCUCUGAGAUGGCUGCGGCUCUGGAUCUGAGUUACCUUCAGUCCAUGAGGAUAAAUAAGCUCAUUCUUAACAAUGUCACAAUCUCCUUUUCAUUCAUAAUGAGAUUGAUUCCUUUUUUGCCCCAUGAAUUGAAGGAAAUUGAUAUCAUUUCCUCCGCUUUGGAAGUUGGCCGGCCAGUGCAGCUUCCAGAGUUACGGGAAGCAUCUCAACUUACAGCCCUUCUCCUGGAAGACGUUGCGGUGGAUCCCUCUCUCCUCCAGCCGUCCUUCCAGCCUCUCCACCGCUGGUUGUUCGGCUCCCUGGCGUCUCUUGGCCUCGUGCGUUCUGGCCUGGCUGAGAUCGACUGCGACUGGGCUCAAAGAGUGGAAAACCUGACUGAUCUGGACCUGUCAGAGAACCCCGUCUCUUACACCGGCCUGCAGAAUAUCUCACAUUGCUCCUCUCUAUCAUUCAAGUCCCUGAAAUCUCUUCAUCUGAGCGGCAGCAACCUCACCUCCCUCCAGCCUCUGUGCACGCCCCUGAGUCUCACCCCUGCCCUCGCCCGGCUCGACGUCAGCCGGAACAACUUCUCCAUCAUCCACUUCCCGCGCUGCCUCCAGGUGAAGCCCCUGAGGACGCUGAAUCUCUCCCACUCCGGGAUCACCGAGGUUCACUCGUUACUCUCUGCGUCUCUGGAAGAACUCGACCUGAGUUACAAUUCUCUGGAGGUGUUCAGUAGCCCACUGCAGACGCUGAAAAAGCUGUAUUUGUCUUAUAACCGCCUGAUCCGUCUCCCCUCUCUGGAUAACCUGCCUCGUCUCAAGCAGCUGAAGGUGGACAGCAACCUGCUUUCCCUCUUGAUAAACGGCACGAGUGUAAAUACGAGCAAGCUGGAGCAGCUUGAUGUCCUCCACGCAGGGAGGAACCCUUACCGGUGUGACUGUGCGCUGAGCGAGACCAUCAACUUCCUGGACAGCACGGACAGCGUGUCGGUCGAGGACUACCCUGAAGAGUUCCUGUGUGCCUCGCCAGAGGCCCAGCAGGGGACGCAGAUAAUGAAUUUGUCUCUUGAAUCCUGUGAGAAGCCGAAGCCGACAAGUGAGACACAACAUCACCACGGAAGAACGUCGUCACCGACGGCCCAGCAGGGGACCGAGAUAAUGAAUUCGUCUCUUGGACCUAGUGUGAAGCCGACCGGUGGGACUAGACAUCACCACGGCUCUCCUCUCUGUUUGACGCUCUUUGUAGGUUUACUGUCAGGCCUGAUUUGUUUUUGCUGACGUUUGCAGCCGACAGUUUGGGGACCACGUUCCAGUAAUGUACAUUUUAAAGAGAGUUUAACUAAUGGCUUUAGUAUUGAUUAAUACAUUAGUUACUGAAACUGUUUGUCUAAGGUUGGGAAAAAACCCCUCUGACUGAUUGGAUUGUGUGACCACUUACUUUCCCAAAGGGCUGCAGAGAAUCAAUUUUGUUGACAUCUUAUUUAGCAUCUAUUAAAGCUCCCGUAUAGUGGAAAGUGAGAUUUCCAUGUCUUUUGUCUAUAAGGCAGGUCUAGGUGGUAUAAAUACCAUGAAAAAUACCACAGAGAAACACACUCGUACUCAGACGCUGUGCCUUUAAACAAGCCAUCCGGACUUCUGCAACUUUGUGAUGUCAUAAUUAUAAAGUCUGCUUCCCAAAGACAGCAAAAGAGCUGAUGCGGACAAAUCUGUAGGGUGUGCCUGCUCAGGCUUGCAAGAGCUGGCCAAUCGUAGCAGACUAGGCUUUUAAGGAAAGAGGGGCGGGGGCUUAAAGGGACAUUUAUGAGACACUAAAAAUAAAAGUAUGAACCUGAAAAUUUGCAUGAUGAGGGAUGUUUAAUUGAUUUCCAACAUUUACAACUAACCGUUACCAAAUAGAAAAGAUAAACACUCGGCAAAGAGAAUUCACCAUCUUGCAACUCAAAAUUGAAGUCAUUAGUUACAACUUUUAACUCCUUUUAACAGAUACUUUAUUAGAAGUUGGUCCCCUUGUGAGAAAAAAAAGACAAGAAAAAUAAAUCAACGGAUAAAUCCACUGUCACACUGUCACGAUUUGGAUUGCACCUUUUUUAAGAGCUUGAAAAUCACUUGUUUCCGCAAUCAGUGUUACAUACAUCUUUACUUUCAAGACAUUUUGUAACGAGUUUUGUUUUUCGUAAGCAGUGACAUUACAUCUGACAAAUUGUUUCAAAUCUUGGAUUUACGACAGCUGUGUUGCUCACUGUGUGCUGUGUGGGGCACCAAAUUGCAUGUAUAUCUGCAUGCUUUAAACUGAA